AUGGAGGCUGAAACGCCACCAGCAAGAACACUGGCGUACGGUACUUCGGAAACUAUAGAUGAUGAUGAAGCGCUGGACGCAAAACGAUGGAAACGACGUCAUGUGGUGGCGGUGCUCGCGUUGCUUGGAUUUGCCAACAUCUACGCGAUGCGGGCCAAUUUGAGCAUUGCAAUCGUCGAGAUGACUUCUGGAGGCGAGAGAAAAGUGAAUGGAACAAUGCUGCAUGUUCAUGGUGACUUUGAAAACUGGACUCCAAUGACCCAAGGAGUCGUUCUCAGCUCCUUCUUCUAUGGUUACAUUGUGUCCCAACUACCCGGAGGAUAUCUCGCCUACACACAUGGAGCAAAGACCGUCUUUUUCGCUGGUACAUUUGGAACCGCUGUCUUCACGCUUCUCACUCCUCCAUUCGCCAGAAUGGGUUGGGGAAUGCUGGUGUUUGCUCGUUUCAUGGAGGGAUUACUGGAAGGAGUCACAUAUCCAGCGAUGCAUGUUAUCUGGAGUAGAUGGGCACCACCGCUGGAGCAAACGAAAUUGGCUACUUUUGCGUUUUCGGGAUCAUACUUUGGAACUGUAAUUGCUAUGCCCUUGUCUGCCUAUAUUGGAGAGAGUUUUGGAUGGCCAAUGAUUUUCUGGUUCUUCGGCGCGCUUGGUGUGAUCUGGUGCACUGUGUGGUAUAAGACGGUGCAUGAUCGGCCAGAGGAUGAUCCGAAAAUCACAACUUCCGAGCUCGCUUUACUGCAGCGUGAUGCCUUCAGCCAGAGCCAUUAUCUUGUUCCAUGGGGCAAGAUCCUUCGCUCCAAACCUGUCUGGGCUGUUAUCAUGGCCCACAGUGCCCAGAACUUUGGAUUCUAUAUCAUGCUCACUAAUCUCCCACGGAUGCUGAAAGAUAUUGCUGGAUAUGAUUUGGAGAAAGCUGGUCUUGCGAGCAGCCUUCCGUAUUUCUUGAUGGGAUUCCAAAUUGUAACCGGAGGGCAGUUGUGUGACUACUUGAGAAAGAAUAAGCACUACGACACACUAUUCGUGAGAAAGAUGGCAUGCGCUGCUGGAUUUAUCGGACAAGCGGUGUUCCUGUUCCUGGUAAUGACCACCAGCAACUCCCUUCUUUUGGUUCUCUUCUUCUCGAUCUCAAUCGGACUCGGUGGAAUUUGCUGGUGCGGAUUCUCGGUAAAUCAUUUGGACUUGGCCCCUCAGUAUGCUGGACAUCUUAUGGCUGUUUCCAACACCUUCGCCACUAUCCCAGGAAUCUUCGGACCCCUUCUAGUCGGAGCUAUUGUAGAAAAUGGAAUAAUUGGAGAAUGGAAUGUAAUUAUGUACAUCAUUAUAUCUGUCUAUCUUGCUGGAGCCGCAUUCUUCUGGAAGUUCGCCGAUGCCUCAAUCCAACCAUGGGCGUCGGAGAGCACCUCGUUCGUUGGACAGCUCGAAUAG